CCCAGCCGCCCGGCCCCGCUCCCCUGUCUCCCUCCCUCCCACUCUGUCCCCGCUCGGGCUUCCACCCUCCCCGCCGGCGAGGAGCGCAUUCGGCCCCGCGGCGCAAGCAGCGCCAGUCCAGGGAGGGGGGGAGACCGCGCGCAGCAGGCCCACCCCCAGCCAGCCGGGGCGGGACCCCGAGGCCCCGGAGGGACCCCGACUCCAGCCACGUCUCGCUCUGCGCCCGCCCAGCGCGUCCCCUGCAAGGACGCCCCCUCGUCUGCCCGCCCUUGCGUGCGGCGGAGACGCGGGGCCACACCUGGGCGCCGCUGCCCGGUGCCGGGCGUGCCCUCAUGGGCCCACGCUGAGGCCCCAACCGAGAGUCGCGCGCGGGGAGUCGACGUCUACGCGCUCAGGGAGGGUUCAGACCUGGGGGGGCUAGCGCCCCCCAAACUCGGAUCGGAUCCAGCUGGAGUGAGGCGGCGCCAUGGAGCUCCGGGCUCUGCUCUGCUGGGCUUCGCUCGCAGCCGCUUUAGAAGAGACCCUACUGAACACAAAAUUGGAAACUGCUGAUUUGAAGUGGGUGACGUUCCCUCAGGUGACGGAGGGACAGUGGGAGGAGCUGAGCGGCCUGGAUGAGGAGCAGCACAGCGUUCGAACCUACGAGGUGUGUGAUAUGCAGCGGGCCCCAGGCCUGGCCCACUGGCUGCGCACCGGCUGGGUCCCACGGCGAGGUGCUGUCCAUGUCUAUGCCACGCUGCGCUUCACCAUGCUUGAGUGCCUGUCCCUGCCCCGGGCUGGACGCUCCUGCAAGGAGACAUUUACCGUCUUCUACUUCGAGAGCGAUGCUGACACGGCCACGGCCCUCGCACCAGCCUGGAUGGAGAACCCCUACAUCAAGGUGGACACAGUGGCUGCUGAACACCUCACCCGGAAGCGCCCUGGGGCUGAGCCGACCGGGAAGGUGAAUGUCAAGACACUGCGCCUGGGCCCGCUCACCAAGGCUGGCUUCUACCUGGCUUUCCAGGACCAGGGCGCCUGCAUGGCCCUGCUGUCCCUGCACCUCUUCUACAAGAAGUGCGCCCAGCUGACUGUGAACCUCACCCGCUUCCCGGAGACUGUGCCUCGUGAGCUUGUGGUGCCUGUGGCAGGGAGCUGCGUGGCUGAUGCCGUUCCCGCCCCUGGCCCCAGUCCCAGCCUCUACUGCCGGGAGGAUGGCCAGUGGGCCGAGCAGCCAGUCACUGGUUGUAGCUGUGCUCCUGGGUUUCAGGCUGCCGAGGGGAAUACCAGAUGCCGAGCCUGUGCCCAGGGCACCUUCAAGCCCCUGUCUGGGGAGGGGUCUUGCCAGCCGUGCCCAGCCAACAGCCACUCUAACACCAUCGGCUCACCUGUCUGCCAGUGCCGCAUCGGGUACUUCCGGGCCCGCACAGACCCCCGGGGUUCGCCUUGUACUACCCCUCCAUCAGCCCCGAGAAGCGUGGUUCCCCGCCUGAACGGCUCAUCCCUGCGCCUGGAGUGGAGUGCCCCCCUCGAGUCAGGUGGCCGGGAGGACCUCACCUAUGCACUCCGCUGCCGGGAGUGCCGUCCUGGGGGGUCCUGCACACCCUGUGGAGGAGACCUGAUCUUCGACCCUGGCCCCCAGGACCUGGUGGAGCCCUGGGUGGCAAUUCGUGGGCUUCGUCCUGACUUCACCUAUACCUUCGAGGUCACUGCCUUGAAUGGGGUAUCCUCCUUAGCCACUGGGCCGGUCCCAUUUGAGGCUGUGAAUGUCACCACUGACCGUGAGGUGCCACCCCCAGUGUCUGACAUCCGGGUGACACGGUCAUCACCCAGUAGCUUGAGCCUGGCAUGGGCUGUUCCCCGGGCACCCAGUGGAGCAGUGCUGGACUAUGAGGUCAAGUACCACGAGAAGGGUGCAGAGGGCCCCAGCAGUGUGCGGUUCCUGAAGACGUCAGAAAACCGUGCAGAGCUGCGGGGGCUGAAGCGAGGAGCUAGCUACCUGGUCCAGGUGCGGGCACGCUCUGAGGCUGGCUAUGGACCCUUCGGCCCGGAGCACCAUAGCCAGACCCAGCUGGAUGAGAAUGAGAGCUGGCGGGAGCAGCUGGCCCUGAUUGCAGGCACUGCGGUCGUGGGUGUGGUGCUGGUCCUGGUAGUCAUCGUCAUUGCCAUUCUCUGCCUCAGGAAGCAGAGCAGUGGGAGAGAAGCUGAAUACUCAGACAAACACGGACAGUAUCUCAUCGGGCAUGGUACUAAGGUCUACAUUGACCCCUUCACUUACGAAGACCCUAAUGAGGCUGUAAGGGAAUUUGCAAAAGAGAUUGAUGUCUCCUAUGUCAAGAUUGAAGAGGUGAUUGGCGCAGGCGAGUUUGGGGAGGUGUGCCGGGGGCGGCUCAAGGCCCCAGGGAAGAAGGAGAGCUGUGUGGCCAUCAAGACCCUGAAGGGCGGCUACACGGAGCGGCAGCGGCGGGAGUUCCUGAGUGAGGCCUCCAUCAUGGGCCAGUUCGAGCACCCCAACAUCAUCCGUCUGGAGGGUGUGGUCACCAACAGUGUGCCCGUCAUGAUCCUCACUGAGUUUAUGGAGAACGGUGCUCUGGAUUCCUUCCUGCGGCUGAAUGACGGACAGUUCACUGUCAUCCAGCUGGUGGGCAUGUUACGGGGCAUUGCCUCGGGCAUGCGGUACCUUGCUGAGAUGAGCUACGUCCACCGAGACCUGGCUGCACGCAACAUCCUGGUCAAUAGCAACCUUGUUUGCAAGGUUUCUGACUUUGGCCUUUCCCGAUUCCUGGAGGAGAACUCUUCUGACCCCACCUACACAAGCUCUCUGGGAGGAAAGAUUCCCAUUCGAUGGACAGCCCCUGAGGCCAUCGCCUUCCGGAAGUUCACAUCUGCCAGUGAUGCCUGGAGCUACGGGAUUGUGAUGUGGGAGGUCAUGUCAUUUGGGGAACGGCCAUACUGGGAUAUGAGCAAUCAGGAUGUGAUCAAUGCCAUUGAACAGGACUACCGGCUGCCCCCUCCCCCAGACUGCCCCACGUCCCUGCACCAGCUCAUGCUGGACUGUUGGCAGAAGGACCGGAAUGCACGGCCCCGCUUCCCCCAGGUGGUCAGCGCUCUCGACAAGAUGAUCCGGAACCCUGCCAGCCUCAAAAUUGUAGCCAGGGAGAAUGGCGGGGCCUCACACCCACUCCUGGAUCAGCGGCAGCCUCACUACUCAGCUUUUGGCUCUGUGGGUGAGUGGCUUCGAGCCAUCAAGAUGGGAAGAUAUGAAGAAAGCUUUGCAGCUGCUGGGUUUGGCUCCUUCGAGCUGGUCAGCCAGAUCUCCGCUGAGGACCUGCUCCGAAUUGGAGUCACUCUGGCAGGACACCAGAAGAAAAUCCUGGCCAGUGUACAGCACAUGAAGUCCCAAGCCAAACCUGGAGCACCGGGUGGGUCAGGAGCACCAGCCCCCCAGUACUGACCUGCACCUCCGUGCCUGGCCCCACAGCUCUGGAGCUGCAGGAAUUCCUGCGCCGGGGACACAGCUCCCCUUUUUUGGGCAGAGUUGGGUGGGGACCCAAGAGGCCCCAUCCCUGCGCCCCACUGGAUUGCACUUUUGAACCCAUGGGGGUGGGGAGCUGGCAAUUUGGAGAGACUGGAUUUGGGGAUUCUACCACGUGGGAGUGUAGAAAUAACAUGCCCCCCAGGUGGGGAACCCCACACCAAGAGUGUAGGACCGCUUCCCUCAGGAUUGGGUGUGACCAGAGGGAAAGGAAGCACCCGUAAUCUGUCAACUUCCCAGGGGUGGUGGGUACAAUCCCCACAGCCUCCCUCUGAUCCCCAAUUAGGGCCCCCAGGUGCCUCUCCUCACCUUGAAGGGUCACAGCCCUGCAGACCUUGCAGACCAAAGAGAAGAGGGUGACAAGCCUGCGAGAGCUCGGGAGUGGAGCGCUGUGGCAGGAGGCAGGAAGGGGUGUCAUGGCUCAGUGACAAAAUCAUUGGACUUGGAUGUCCCAACCUUGCUGCUGUCUCCACCGAACUCAGUUUUCCCUUGUAAAUGCCCCUCCCCCCAUCAGCUGCCUUCAUAUUGAAGGUUUUUGAGUUUUAUUUUUUGUUUUUGGUCUUAUUUUUCCUUCCCUUUUUCCCCCUCCCGUUUUUGUUUUUUAUCGUCCUUGUCAUAACUUUAUGUUGGAGGGGACCUGUUUCAUUACCGCCUCCUUUGCCCACAUUGAAACAGGGACCCAUCCUUGUGUCUAUUUCCAGAAGAGUGCCUUGGUCAUGCCACAACCUCCAGACAUUUCCCUGCCCCAACAAGUACCCCCAAGCUGUGUCCAUGAGGGUGUGUGUGUGUGUAGGGGGGGGUGAGGUGGUGGUGGAAACCAGAGACAGACACCGGUGCUUGGAGGGGUUCUUAAAUUAUAUUUAAAACAAUUUUUUUUUGUAUAAAUAAAAAAAAAAGGGGGAAAUGUCA